AUGGACAACUUCACUUAUUGCAAUCCAGUGAGACUCAUCUAUGGAAAAGGUUCUAUUGAAGAGAUCAAGAAGCAAAAUUUGAUUCCAACGACUUCUCGUGUGAUGUUAAUAUAUGGUGGUGGGUCUAUUAAGAAAAAUGGAGUUUACAAUGAUGUUUUAAAGUAUGUCACACCCAUUUGUGAAUUUGCAGGAAUCGAACCAAAUCCCCACCAUGAGACUUGCCUUAAAGCAAUUCAACUUGCCAAAGAGAACAACAUUGAUUUUCUUUUGGCUGUCGGUGGAGGUUCAGUUGUAGAUGCAACCAAGUACAUCGCUCUUGCUCUUGAACAUACGUAUAGCACAGAUACUUAUGAUAUUAUAAUGAAGUAUGGGAAGUAUGAACCCAAUCCAGCCAAAGCCAAAAUUGGAGUUGUACUUACCAUUCCAGCGACAGGAAGUGAAAUGAAUUGUGGGGCGGUUAUCUCACGUGUUUCUGAUAAAACAAAGUCGCAUUUCUUCCAUCCAAGUGUCUAUCCCACCUUCUCCAUAGUGGAUCCUGUUUACACAAUGUCACUUCCUGUUAACCAAGUAAGAAAUGGGUUAGUUGAUUCAUUUGUACAUGUCUAUGAACAGUACAUUCCACAUUAUCAGAAGAAUGCAGUGACUGAUGCAGAGUCGGAAGGGGUAUUCAAAGUCAUCAUGAGUGUAGCGGAGAAAACCAUUAAUGAUCCAACAGACUAUAAGACUCGAGCUGAUUUCUGUUAUGCGGCUACUGUGGCUCUUAAUUGGUCUUUGUGUGUUGGUGUAUCCAUGUGCGGAGGUGCACAUGCUGUUGGACACGAAAUUACGACUUAUUACGGUCUUGCACAUGGAGAGACACUUGCAAUGACCACACCAGGUGUUAUGAGAUUCAACAAAGAGAAGAACGCUCAAAAGUUGAUUCAAAUGGCUGAAAACGUCUAUGGCAUCAAAAAUGCUAAACCAGAAGAUGCUAUUGAAGCUACUGAAAACUUCUUCAAACGAAUUGGAAUGAAGACAAGACUCUCUGAAUGGGGAUAUGGAAAGGAGCACUUCGAGGAAAUUGCUGCAAAGUUCAAAGAAAAUCCAGCUGGUGCUUAUAAGGAUAUUGACCACGAUGGAUGCCUCAAAAUCUUAAACGAUAUCUUUUAA